CUGUUGUAGCGUCCUCUGCUGCAACUAUCGUGGAGUCGAGUGUUUUGUGUCGUGAUGUCUUUGCAGGUGUACUCCUGGAGCUUUUAAAAGAAUGGCUACGGAGUGUGUAUAGUGCGGUUGCGGUCAUCAGCGCAGGCACCGAGUAGCGAUCACUGCGUUGAACACCACCACUCUACUGAGUCACGAUGGAGUCUUGUUUAGCUGUUGAGCGUGAGAUUGACAAAGUGCUUAGUAAAUUUGGCACUCUGAACGAACACACGCAAACCACGCUGAGUGACUUGAUAGCCCAGGGACAAGAAAUGUACCGAGAGCUCGGCGAAGGUAACUACCUCUUGGCUGUCGCUUUGAAACUGCUAACAUUUCUGUUUUGCGCAGUACCUGCCGACGCUGACGUGACGACUUCGCAUGGCAUAGCCCUCACGCAGUGCGCUCAGAAAAUGAAGGACCUGAGCAGUUCGCUUGCGACAGAGCACCGAGAUUUGCACGGAACCGUGUCUAAAGUUGGCAAAGCCAUAGACAAGAACUUCGUGCCCGACUUCUGGGCCACAAGCAACGAGGAUGUGUUCGAUCGGAGUGACAAGAAGAAGGCGCUCAACCAGGUGAUCGUGGAGCACCUGCUGCGCCAGGGCAUGCUGGACAUCGCCGAAGAACUGUCGCGCGAGGCACGUCUAGAGUCCGCCCAGAAGGAGCCAUUCGCCGAACUCAACAACGUCCUCGACGCGCUGAAGCGGCGCGAUCUGGGACCCGCGCUCGACUGGGUGGAGCAGCACGAACUUCAGGGCACGGCCCUGCACUUCCAGCUACACCGGCUUCACCUUGUGGGGCUGCUGCAGCGCGCAGCGGCGGCCGAGGCAAUCGUGUACGCCCGCGCCCAUCUCGCGCCGUUGGCACGGCAGCACGAGCGCGAUUUGCAAGUGCUGAUGGGUAGCUUAGCGUUCCUGCGGGUGCCCGGCGGCCUAUCGCGGUCGCCGUACGCCUUUCUGCUCGAGCCGACGCUCUGGAGCGACACGUGCGAAGCGUUCACGCGCGAUGCCUGCGCGCUUCUUGGCCUGUCGGUGCGCAGCCCGUUGGCGGUGUGCGUCGAGGCAGGCAGCUUGGCCCUGCCUGCGCUGCUCAACAUCAAGCAAGUGAUGAUGCAGCGCCAGGUGGCCGGCGUGUGGAGCUCCCGCGACGAGCUCCCCAUCGAGAUCCGAUUGAGCCGUCAGUUCCACUCGGUGUUCGCCUGCCCCAUACUGCGCCAGCAAAGCAGCGAUACCAACCCGCCCAUGAGGCUCGUCUGCGGACACGUCAUUUCGCGCGACGCCCUUCACAAGCUGGCCAGUGGCAGCAAGCUCAAGUGUCCCUACUGCCCGGUGGAGCAGAACCCUUCCGAUGCCCGGCUUAUUCAUUUCUGAGUGUACAGUAAACUAUGAAAUCGACCAACUCCUCGCGAUACUGAUGGUUGAUGCAUGGCUGCCCGAUAGAUAUUCUGGCGUGAUGAACUGUAAUAUGUGAGAUGGCAUGAAAGUUAUAAAUCGUGCAAAGCCGCAGUGUUGGUAUGUUUGACUUGGCUGAACAAGUCCUUGAUCAAAGACUUAUUUGCACUCUGAUGCAGACCUCUUUCUGCUCGCAUUCACGUUGAGAAUUAUCAUGUUUUGCAAACAAACAUUAAAAAUUUGGCAGUGCAUUUUUUCUGAAUUUCAUUCGUUUAUGGUGGAAAAUGUGCAGUGCACCAUAUUUUUUCGUGUCAGGCCGCAUAUGGUGCUCUGUUAGAAGACAAAUUUGGUGUUCGUGCAUUCAUUACCUUUUGUUUCAUUAGUUUUGUCCAAUACUUUGUGGUAUUUCUGUUUUAUUAAAUAUAGUGUCUUUAUGCCU